CGAUCUCUCUGCUAGAUCUCUCCCAAUAAUCUCUCUCUCUCUGUCAUCACCGGCGACCAGAAGCUACAUCCACCGCCGUGAACCGCCGCCGUUCACGGCCUCUCGUUACGCCAAAUAUCCUAUCUUGCGGCGUUUUCGAUCCCAACAAGUACUUCACCUUCCUAUUAGGAAUACAACUCACAAGGUUUAGAUGGAUUUGGAGACGGAAAACAGAAUAGCUGCUAUUCUUAUGAAAGAGGCAGCAGAGCUGCGGCGACAAGCUGAGAAGGAGGGUGUAAAUGUUUAUCUUAGGCAGCAAAAUUUUAGGGGUCGGCCAAAUUCACGUUUCCUCACAGCGACAGUUCUUGGAGUACAACAGUCAAAUCGAGCUGUGGAAGUUAAUGAGAUGUGGCGUGUCCGUCAGAAAGAACUAGAGCUAGAUGAUAGGCUUAAAGGGAGAUCCAGAGAUAACAGCAGCAGUGAUAGGAGCAAUAGGGACAGCGGCGAUUCUCGAAAGCAUACAAAUGACAGGCAUUCUCACAGUGAGACAAGUGCUAAUGUUCCUUGUUCAUCGAGUAGAAGAGUAAUAGAAGAUUGCUAUUCUAGAGAAGAUGAAGGGUUGAAGGAUGACGAGAUUGAUCAAUUUUUACACUCAAGGGUCAAGCGAGGUAGGGGUGCUGUUGGUUCACGGAUGGAUGAAGCUGGUCCUUACCUUCCCCCUGGCCCACAUUCAAAAGAAAAGCAAUUAGCAAGCCCGGAUGAAGAGAGAAAUGAAAGAUGGAAACGUCGUGUUGUUCUUGGUCCAGAGAAGCCUUCUUCGCUGAAGCCUUGUGAUUCUUCUGAAGAGGAGUCUCUUCAGAAUAAGCGGAAGAAAGCAGAGAGAGUUAGCUCGAGCAAACGGCACUCAAGGAAGCACAAAUCAGAAGAGAAGUCGAGAGACAAGAAGAAGAAAAAGAGGGAGGAGAAAAGGCACAAGCAUCGCAAGUAAGGGGUUUUCCCCCCCCUUGUUUUCUAAUAUGCACUGUGUUGUGGAUGGCAGUUCCAGUCUGUACAAUUGAUGAUUGUUAUUAUAUGUGACUUUUGCCAAAUAGAGGCAGGGUAGCAAUUGGUGACACUAUUGGCUUGCAACAUUGUUCUGUCUUGGUUUUUCUCUUUCUUCAAAUCGAAUUCAUCCUUCUGCCGUUGAUGAAUCUGGAAUACCAAUGAUUGUCGAUGGGUGUAUUCUGUGCAGAUUUAAUAAGACUAGAGACUUUUUCGUGGUUAAA